UCUUAGAAUCUUCCAUCGCAUCCACAUCCUUGUCUCUCUCCACUCUCCAUUGAAGAAGCCCAAGUAAAAACCUCUAUAACUCUCUCUGUUUCUCUCUCUCUCUCUCUAUCUCUCUCUCUUUCUUUAGAACCUUUUCAAGGAGUACAGAGAAGAGAAAGACGAUCUUCCUUUACUAACUGAACUUGCUGCGGACUGUGUGGAAACGCUUCUUGCAUCACUCUCCAGUUCUUUCAGAUUCCGUUUCAGUUUGUGACCGACGAGAAUGUUGGAGAAAAUGGAAGCAUUUGAUGGGGAAAAAGUAAUAGAGCAAUUUGAGGAAAUGACCAGAGAUGCUGAAAGAGUUCAGAGGGAAACGCUUAAGAAGAUUUUGGAGGAAAAUGGGUCGACUGAGUACUUGCAGAACUUGGGACUUAACGGAAGAACGGAUCCUCAAAGCUUCAAGGACUGUGUCCCGCUUGUUUCUCAUGAUGAUUUGGAGUCAUAUAUUCAGAGAAUUGCCGAUGGGGAUUCUUCGCCUAUUCUCACUGGAAAACCAAUCAAAACCAUUUCGUUGAGUUCUGGUACUACAAAGGGGAGGCCCAAGUUAAUUCCCUUCAACGAUGAAUUGUUGGAGACGACAAUGCAAAUAUAUCGUACUUCUUUUGCCUUCAGAAACAAAGAAGUUCCCCUUGGGAAAGGAAAAGCCUUGCAGUUCAUCUACAGCAGCAAGCAGUUCAAAACUAAUGGUGGUCUGGCUGCAGGAACUGCAACAACAAACGUUUACCGCAGUGCACAAUUUAAAAGCACGAUGCGAGCAAUUCAGUCGCAAUGCUGUAGCCCGGAUGAAGUCAUCUUCGGCCCUGACUUCCACCAAUCUUUGUAUUGCCAUCUCUUGUGUGGGCUAAUCUUCCGGGAUGAAGUUGAGUUUGUGUUCUCCACUUUUGCACACAGCAUUGUCCAUUCUUUCAGAACUUUUGAGCAAGUAUGGGAAGAGCUUUGCAGCAACAUUCGAGAUGGUGUUCUCUCUAGUUGGGUCACUGCCCCCUCCAUUCGUGCAGCCAUGUCGAAAUUGCUUAAACCAAAUCCUGAAUUAGCAGAUUUGAUCUAUCGAAAAUGUGAAGGAUUGAGUAAUUGGUAUGGUCUGAUACCAGAGCUCUUUCCGAAUGCAAAGUACAUUUAUGGGAUCAUGACCGGUUCGAUGGAGCCUUACCUGAAGAAACUGAGGCACUAUGCAGGCCAUUUGCCACUGAUGAGUGCUGAUUAUGGUUCUUCAGAAGGAUGGGUUGGAGCAAACGUUAACCCAAUGUUGCCCCCUGAAAUGGCCACCUUUGCUGUGCUUCCGAACAUCGGAUACUUCGAAUUCAUCCCACUAAAGGAGAAUGCUCAAGGUCAGCAUCAGAGGAACAAGCCAAUUGGUCUGACCGAAGUCAAGAUCGGUGAAGAGUAUGAGAUAAUCGUUACCAAUGUUGCAGGGCUGUACCGUUACAGAUUAGGAGACGCAGUGAAAGUAAUGGGUUUCCACAACUCGACGCCAGAGCUGAAAUUCAUCUGUAGGAGGAACCUUCUAUUGAGCAUCAACAUCGACAAGAUCACGGAGAAGGACCUACAGCUAGCAGUGGAGGCAGCGGGGAACGUGCUGGCAGCAGAGAAGCUGGAAGUGGUGGACUUCACAAGCUAUGUUGAUGUGUCGAGGGAGCCAGGACACUACGUGAUAUUCUGGGAGAUUAGCGGGGAGGCGAAAGGAGAAGUGCUGGGCGAGUGCUCCAACUGUCUGGACAGGGCUUUCUUAGACGCAGGGUACAUGAGCUCAAGGAAGGUGAAUGCCAUUGGAGCAUUGGAGCUGAGAGUGGUUCGUAAGGGAACUUUUCAUAAGAUUAUGGAUCAUCAUCUGUCGUUAGGAGCGGCUGUGAGUCAGUACAAAACUCCUCGUUGUGUUAUCCCUACAAACACUGCUGUGUUGCAGAUCCUGUGCUCCAAUGUUGUUAACUCCUAUUUCAGCACUGCCUAUUAGUUUUUGGUUUUGUUUAAUCUCUCCUUCCUUUUUUUUUUUUCUCCUUACAUCACAUGUCAUCACACCCUUUUCCCUUCCUCCCCAUGUGCUCUCUUUCUCUACUCUAUAAUGUAUAUUUCAAAUUCUAGUUAUAAACUUUUCCCUUUUCUCUUUU